GUAUAUCAUUAUAUCAUCUAACUCUAUUUCUCUUGCAUUUGCUGGAGAACUCUCUGAGAAUUUCAGAUUAAUUCUACAAUGGCGAAGCGUUUGAUUCCAACACUCAACGGAGUUCUUGUCGAGGAAAUCCUUUCCCCUUCCAAAACCACUGCCGGCAUUAUCCUGCCCGAGAAAUCCACCAAGCUGAACUCCGGGAAAGUGGUGGCCGUGGGUCCAGGAGCAAGAGACAAGGAAGGGAAACCGAUCCCAGUUCCUUUCAGGGAAGGUGACACCGUUCUUCUGCCUGAGUUUGGGGGUUCCCAAGUCAAGCUUGGCGAUAAAGAGUUUCAUUUGUAUAGAGAUGAAGAUAUUCUGGGCAAUCUCCACGAUUGAUAGAUUGGAAUUGCAAUGAGGCAUUAGCUUUGUUUAUUGUUUCUGGGUUCAAUUAAAUUGGGCGGAACUGAUUAAUCAUCGUUGUUAUUGGAAAGUGGAAACUUUUACUAUUAAAAAGAUUUCUGGCGUGAUUUUUGUCUAA